UUGCUGGGGCGACCCCGAAGCCCUAACUGCCGCUCUGAAUGAACACCAAAUACUCGAAUAGAAAUCUCUACUCUGUUGAGGACGUCUUCCAAUCCAACACUCAUUCGCGAGCUCCUCUGGAAAAAGUUUGUCUCGCGUGCAGCCGCAACGAUGGCUGACACGAAGAGAAAACGCAGGGACGAUGGCAACAGGGGAAGAGAGAAGUCGAGGAAGAAUAGUAAGAAGCAAAAGUCGCCUGAUUCCAGAGCUCAGUUGAAGAACGGUGGCCGACGGAAGAAGAGCGGCCCCCGCUUACCCUCAUCAUUGCAAAAAGAGAUUGAACGCUUAAAUCCAACCGCUGCUCUGAAUAGCGAUGAGGAUAUUUCUUCUGAUGAUUACAAUGAAGAGGGGGAAAUUUACGGCAAGGAUGUUUACGAGUUUGAUGAAGAACGAGCUGAAGAGGAGUCUCAGAAAAACAAGCGCUAUGACCAGGUUGGGGUGGAUAAAUUCGAGUAUGAGCUGCCGGAUGACCUGUCUGAUGACUUAAAGGAUGAGGAUCUGGAAUCUGAUGAUGAGAACGUGGAUGAUGAUGACAACUGGAGAACCAAGGAUGAAAAGGCCACGAGUGAUGAUUCUGAAGAAGAAGAUGAUGGAAGGCAUACAAGAAUGUUGCAGGGAAUUACUGGGAUGCCAAGUGAGGCUUUUGAAGAAAAGAGGAAGAAGAAAAAGGAUGAUGUCAUACCAGAGUUAUAUCCUGAGUCUGAAUUUAAUCCUAGUCGUGAUAUUAUUGAGGGUGAUGGACGCAUCAGCAUUGAUGACCUUCUGGAUCCUCUUCGUGGAAAAUCUGGUUAUAGCAAACUUAGAAAGAGAAUGCAACAAAUGGAGAAAAAUGCUAGGCCUAUUCAUGCUCCGCUUCCAAAGGCAGAUCAAGCAAAGGUUGAGAGGAAGGUAGCAUAUGAAUUGUCAAAGAAAGACAUCACAAAGUGGGAGCCCCUCAUCAAGAGAAACAGGGAGGCACCUACUAUUUUAUUUGAUGAAAAAACAGAUUUGGGGUUUUCAACUGUGGGAGCAAUAGCUUCUGAAUUUGAGCCAAGGACUGAGUUCGAGAGGAAAAUAGCUGCACUCGUUGGUGACAAUGAACUCAUGGAAGCUCAUAAAAAGGAUGGUUCAAGGCUUCUGGAAUUAAAUGAGAUCUCUAUUGAAGAUGAAAAGGAAAGGCAAAAUCGGAUUGCUAAAAUGCGUAGCCUUCUAUUUCGUCAUGAAAUGAAAGCAAAGCAUGUCAAAAAGAUCAAGUCUAAAACAUACCAUCGUUUGUUGAAGAAAGAUAGACUGAAGGCAACAUCUGCUCAGAUUGAAGUGGACCCUGGAGCUGCUAAAGAAUUUGCCCUGAAACAGGAGCGUCAGAGGGCGGAGGAACGCAUGACUCUGAAACAUAAAAACCGAAACCGCUGGGCUAAGCGCAUUCUAGCACGUGGUUUAAAUAAUCAAGAUGAAGGAACUCGUGCUGCCAUUGCUGAACAACUCCGAAGGCACACUGAAUUGACUAGAAAAAUGAACUCUAUGAAGGAUAGCAGCAGCAGCAGUGAUGAUACUAGUGAUGCAGAUGAGAACUUAGAUGGCUCUGAUGGGGACAGGGCCUCCAAGCUGUUGGAGAAAGCAAAAGAUAAAACAAUGAAAGUAUUAGAAGAAGAAGAUGAAGUUCCUAAAUCAGGAUUGCUUUCACUACCUUUUAUGAGGCGUGGGUUGGCCAAAAGAAAAGAGGCAGCUGCUGAAGAAGCCAAACUUGCUCUUCAGGAAUAUGAUAAUUCUUUGAAGAAUUUGGAGAAUCCUAGUGGCUCAGAAGAUCAAAAAGCUGCUUCCGUCAGAGGUAGAAGGGUUUUUGGCACAGCUAAAUCCCAGACUCCUGAUGCAAGUAAUAAGAUCAAAUCUGAUAAUUUUUAUGGUAGCAGUGAUAGUGAAGAUGGCUUAGAGGCCGGAGAAAAUGGUGAUAUGUUGACUGAUAGAAGUAAUAAUUCGCUAAAUGUUGUAACAAGUGAUCCUGUCUUAAUUCAGGAAGACACUGAUAUUCGUGAGGAAUCUGUCCUUAAGAACUUCAAUGAGAUUAUUAAAGAUCCUGGGCCAAAAACCACAUAUGAAGUUGCCAUAUUUGCUUCGGAUACAUGGAAAAAGGCAAAAAACAGAAGUGACGAAGACACUGAUAACAGGAAAUCGCCAAAACUUAUGGGGCUUGUUAGGCAAGAAUUAAAAGAUACUGAAAAGGAAUCUGAAGAGGUUAGUGAUACAGAUAGUGAAGGACAUAUGGUGGAUGGAAUUUUGUCUUCUGGAUCAAAACUGUCUUAUGAACUUCCUUCUCAAGAGGAGCUCAUUCGGCAAGCUUUUGCAUGUGAUGAUGUGGAGGAGGAUUUUGAAAAGGAUAAACAAGAUAUUCUCAAUGAAGAGAAUCCUGAGCCAGAAAAACCUCUACUCCUCCCUGGCUGGGGGCAAUGGACAGAUAUACAGCGAAAGAAAGGUUUACCAUCUUGGAUGCUGAAAGAGCAUGAUAUUGCCAAGAAGAAAAGGGAAGAAGCUCUGAAGAAGAGGAAAGAUGCUCAUCUAAAACACGUGAUUAUCUCUGAGAAAGUUGAUAAAAAGGCUGAGAAGCUUCAUACGAAAGCAUUACCUUACCCUUUUACUUCCCAAGAGGUAUUUGAUCAGAGUCUGCGCAUGCCCAUUGGACCUGAAUUCAAUCCAGCAACUACAACGGGGGCUCUUAUCCGGCCUGAGGUGGUGAAGAGACCUGGCAUGAUUAUAAAGCCAAUAGAGUUUGAGGACCCGCUUGAAAAAACGGGGCGGGGUGGAGAGAAGCUUAAGUUGAAAAAUAAAGGCAAUCGUGGCAAAACCACGAAAAAGGCAAAGACUAACCACAAGGCCAGGGUGUAGUCUGAGAGUUUUAUUAUUCCAGUUCCUGAAAUAUUCUCAGUUUAUGUCAUUUGGGAAAGAAGGUUAGGUCAUGUGGCGUAAAGAAAAGGCCAGAAAGCAAGCAAGUAGCACGGGCGUUAUUCGUUCGCGAAGCUUGUUGCACAAAGGAAAGGAUGAGAAAAUAAAAUUAAGAGAAGAGGCGCUUCUUCUAGUGUUCUCAGUUUUAAAUUUUUAACGAAUUCAUUUGUUUUCUACAGUAAUUUUUUUGGGUCACUUGAGAUAUCUUAUAUUCUCAACUCUCAAGGCAGCGAUGAGAAUAUCUUUCUCAUAUAUGAGAAUUUUUAAAUAUGCAAUUCUGUAAUAAUAAUAUUAGUGUUUUUCCCCA